UUUUCUGGGGUUUAGAUCUUCGUUUCUAUUGUUUUUACUAUCUGGGUUUUGUUUGGUUGCCGAGAAAAUCGUAGAAACGGCAUAGAAAAAGUUGGAUCUUUGAUGUGUGUGAUCGUGUUCUUUUUUUGCCCUCGAGUGAGAAUGGAUUCGGAAUGAAUGCGUUAGGAAAAUGAAAUUAGCAACGCGGCCGGCCUUCAUGUUCUUGUUUUGUGAUUGUUUAUCUCUGGAAUACUCAACCUCUUGCAAUCAGAUGUUAUUGUGGAAUAGAUUUGUUUUUCCUUUGUCCCGCUUAGAUGUUUGUUCUUGCAUCACUGGUCGAGUGGAGGAGGCUGCCUUCUUGCGACAGGACAUUGUCAAUAUCCAGAGAGCUUUGAAUGAAAUUAGAAAUGUGGGCUAAGCGUUUUUAAUGGUUUCCUGAUGCUUUAAGAGGCUUCAUGUCUGUCAAAAGAGUUCAAUUCGACAAGUUUGUUCCGUAGUUAAGCGUUUCCAUAACUUAAGUCUUGUGUUGUUUGGUCUGUAUGAACAAGAAUCUUCUUGCUUGAUGCAAUGGAAUGUUUCUUGGGUUUACUUUUUUGUGAAUCUUCAUACUCUGGGCCUAACAUGGCUGUUUGGCCAUCUGACUUCUCUCUGUGUUUUGUUUCGUCCAUAUGUCGGUGUAUCAUUAAUUGAACGGAAGAGGAUAACAGGGGAGUUUGCAUGUAUGCAUAUGGAUAGAGUACGGUGUGUUGGUAAAAAUGUCACUAAUAACCGCGAAGACAUGUUUGCAUCAUUUGUUUGCCCCUUCUGAAAUGGUGCUGCUGCUGCUUUCUUUGUGCUGAUGAGACGACGUCUUCUGCGUGAAUAGGACUGCUUUUGCUUUGACAUGGUGAUUGUUCGUUUCUGGAAAUCUCGCGUACCCGAAUGCCCCCCGGAAGAUUUCCUUUGAUGGAUCUCAAACGAGCUUACGACGUGGAACAAGUGAUCUCUUCUGCAUCACCCGUAAUCGAAGAUGAUUUAUGGCCUCUGGACGAUAUCGAUCCCAAGAAAGCAAAAUUCCCAUGCUGCAUAGUGUGGACCCCGCUCCCCGUUGUCUCGUGGUUGGCUCCCUUCAUCGGUCAUGUUGGAAUCUGCAGGGAAGACGGGGCGAUCUUGGACUUCUCCGGGUCAAAUUUCGUGAAUGUUGAUGAUUUUGCAUUUGGCUCUCCCGCACGAUAUCUUCAACUAGACAGAACUCAGUGCUGCCUGCCCCCGAACCUUGGCGGGCACAAGUGCAAGUACGGCUUCAAACACACUGAGUUUGGGGCCUCGAUCACAUGGGACGAUUCCCUGAACGGAAGCAGGCGUAGUUUCGAGCACAGAACCUACAACAUGUUCACGUGUAACUGCCACUCCUUCGUCGCAAACUGUCUGAACCGUCUUUGCUACGGCGGCUCAAUGGAGUGGAACAUGGUUUCUGUUGCUGCCCUGAUAAUGUUCAAGGGGAAAUGGGUCAGUGUUACCUCGGUUGUUCGAUCAUUCCUCCCGUUUGCGGCGGUAUCUUGUCUCGGGAUACUUCUCGUCGGGUGGCCGUUCUUGAUCGGCCUCUUUUCCUUCUCGUUGCUACUCGUCGCCUGGUUUAUGAUCGCUACGUAUUGUUUCAAGAACAUUAUGGAAUGCUGAAGCUUUUUUAUUUA